AAAGGAUUUAAACAAACGCAAUUAUGUAUUCAUUCUUGUUCCGCGCGCUUUUUCUGUGGGUCUCUGUUGUUUUCCACGUCUCUUUUGCGCUAUCGGGAGAAUAUUGUCACGGCUGGACGGAUUCCUUUAACACUUGGCACCGGGGAUUUCAGUGUCCCGAGCGCUUUGACGGCCAGGACGCGCGCUACUGCUGCGGUACCUGCGCGCUCAGGUAUUGCUGCACCUAUGCUGAGGCGCGCCUCGAUCAAAGCACGUGCGAGACGGGCUCCGAGUCUGAAAACACGAACGAUAUAAGGAUGAUGACAGAAAGUGUUCCAACCUAUCUCCCUUUUGUGAUUGUGGUGAGCGCGUUCCUGUCAUUCGUACUGGUCGGGUCUGUGGUGUCUAUCUGCUGCUGUCAGUGUGUUAAACCCAAAGCGAGUGAUCGGCCGACCGGACCAUCUGCUGUUCAGACCAGCCUGUUGGAGUCGGGUGGACCUUCUGUGGACAGCUCGACCCCAUCCCGCACCUCCACUUCAGGCUCUUCCACUGCAAACCCUCGACCUCCACCAUCUGAGCUCAGUGUUAAUGUCUAUGGAAAGUCAUUUCCCACUUCUCAGUCACAGCAGUAUGUUCCUCCAAUCCCCCAGGGGGCGCCACAGUUCUACCAGCCCUACAUGAACUACGGUUUCCCCCCUGAACGCAGCAUGUUGGUGGCCCCUGCGUUCCUGGACAGCCGUCAGGUUUACGGACAGCCUUUUCCUCAGGCCCCUAUGCACACAGAACCCAUAUAUCCAACAGUCACCAUCUGAUAAUGCAUAUGACUUUUUACGAAAUCAAAUGGGACCACACAAGGGAUAAUAGGGUGGUCAUGGGAUGUCUCAGGGAUAUGUUGUUUUGCUACCUUGGGUGGCUUCUACAGACAGUAUUGAUGUGCAUUUAAAAUGGAGAGU